UACAACCCCAAAGGGGUCCACUAAGUUUUCUCAGAUCCAAGUUAAUCUUAGGAUUCGUCUUCCGCUUCAGGUCCUCACCAUACAUUCAGCAUGAAGUGCAAGGCUGCAGUUUGGGCUUUUACUUUUUACAUUAUAUGCCUGCUUGACUGUGAAGUCACAUGCAUGCCAACAUCCAAAGUAUCCAAAGUAAUUGAGUUUGAUGUAGACGGUGGAAAAGAGGAUCUCUUCGAUGUCAAUGAAGCGGCUGGUCUCGAUCUGUUCGAGGGAGAUAUUGUGUUUGAGAGAGAAGGUUGGAACUCCAUCAUCGGGGAUCAGUACUUAUGGCCGAAGACGGUUCCCUACUAUUUCGAGGACAAUCUGGACAUCAAUGCCAAAGGGGUCAUAAUGAAGGCCUUUGAACAGUAUCGCUUGAAGACAUGCAUUGACUACAAACCCUGGAGUGGAGAGGAGAACUAUAUCUCUGUCUUCAAAGGCAAUGGGUGCUUCUCAUCUGUUGGGAAUCGUCAUGUGGGAAAGCAAGCUUUGUCCAUUGGUGCAGGAUGUGACCGUAUUGCCACCAUUGAGCAUGAGUUCCUCCAUGCUUUGGGCUUCUGGCACGAGCAGUCCCGCUCCGACCGGGACGAUUACGUUACCAUCAUGUGGGAUCGCAUUUCAGAAGGCAGGGAGCACAAUUUCAACAAAUACAACGACACCACGUCCAGCAAUCUGAACGUGCCUUACGACUACGGUUCCAUGAUGCACUACAGCAAGACUGCCUUCCGCAAUGGCACUGAGCCCACCAUCGUCACCAAAAUCCCUGCCUUCAGUGAUGUUAUAGGCCAGCGCAUGGAGUUCAGCGACAGUGACCUGCUUAAGCUCAACCGGCUUUACCACUGCACACGCGGCUCCACUUUCCUGGACACCUGUGAUUUUGAGCAGGAGAAUAUUUGCGGGAUGAUCCAAGGCCAUGACGACAAGGCAGACUGGAAGCGUGUCAGCAUGGCAACUGGCGGACCUGAUACUGACUAUUCUAACAUGGGGCAAUGCACUGGCAGGGGCUACUUCAUGCACUUUAGCACUAUCAAUGGCAACGGAGGGGACACUGCUAUGUUGGAAAGUCGGUUGUUGUAUCCUAAGCGAGGCUAUCAGUGUCUGCAGUUCUUCCACUACCACAGUGGAAACCCCAGUGACCAGUUGGCCAUUUGGGUGCGAGAGUAUGACGAGGCCAACCCUAACGGCACACUACGCUUCCUUCAGCAAAUCAACGGACCUCCUGAGGAUCUGUGGCAGCUCCACCACGUUACCCUGAACGUUUCCAAGAAGUUCCGUGUGGUGUUUGUGGGCACCAAAGGUUCUGGAAGCUCCACAGGUGGGCUUUCCUUGGAUGAUGUCAACUUGUCUGAGACCACCUGCCCAGAUCAUGUGUGGCGGAUCAAGAACUUCAAGAGUGUGAUGGAAAACACAACAGUAGGCACUGCCAUCUACAGCCCUCGCUUCCAGUCCAAGUACGGCUAUACGUUCCAGAUGGGGUUGUAUCCCAAUGGUUCUGAAGACUCUCUUGGGGAGCUGGGAGCCUAUGCCCAUCUGACGUCUGGAGAUGAUGGGGUCGACGCUGGCCUCACCUGGCCCUGCCCGUGGAAGCAGAUGACUAUGAUGCUGAUGGACCAGAAUGCAGACAUCCGCAGACGCAUGUCCAACCAAAGAAGCGUCACGACUGACCCUACUGUGAUGGUAGAAGGAUCAGAAAUGCUUUUCUGGGAUGACCCACGUAAAGUGGGCAUGGAAGUGGCAGAGUCAGACGGCACCAGGUACUUCAGGGGCCCUGGACAAGGAACUUCGGUGUACCUGACGCAGGCCAGAGCACUCACCAGAGACUUCAUCAAGGGUGGGGAUGCCAUCUUCCUUCUCACCAUGGAAGAUAUAUCCCACCUGGUGCCCUCUCAGCCCCUCCCCUCAUCGACAGUCCCUCCCACGAGUGAAACUCCCACCAACACAACCAGCAACACAACCACCACCACAACUGCAACCACCACUACAGCCACAGCCACCACCACCACCACAACCACCACAACCACAGCCACAGCCACAACCACAACCACCACCGCAUCUCCUCAUGAUCCAUGUGCCACAGUGACAUGUGAAAAUGACGGGGUUUGUGUGAAGGACAGUGCGGCACAAGCGGUGUGCAGGUGUGCGGCGGGGGGAGACUGGUGGAACUACGGCGACAGGUGUCAGUUUAAAAGCUCGACUCAGGACAACAUGGUUACCACGGUCGUGGCCUCGGUCGUGAUCUUCGCCGCCAUGCUGGUGGUGACGGUGGUGAGUGUGGUGUGUCUGAAGAAGAAGCACAGGAGGAAGAUGAACGAGUUGGGCGGCAGCGUCAUCAUUAAAAACAUGUCUGUAAAAUCCUGAAGCUUUUCAUACGCAUUCCAUUAAUAACGCAGAGGAACUCAUAAUUGACCUGUGCUUUGGGAAGAUUGUGGCCUGUGGCUCUCAGGCAAAUGACCCGAGGGCUGAAAUCAGAGCAGCGUGCAUUUCAGAGACGCAUCGUUUAAGGAUAUUCUUCGCUUCCAUAUAGAUUUGAUUCCGGGAUUUUUUUUUCCUUCCGUCUUUUAAUUGCAUGUGACUCAGUAAAUAUCUUGUUGUUUA